AUGCCGCGCAAGGUGGCCGUCGGCACGGAUCACAUUGCAUUCGACAUGCAUGAGAAGCUGAUGGAGUGUGUGAAGGAGGCCGGCGGGGAGUUCGUGCCGGUGUACUGCGGAACCGUGACGGCGGAGCGCGUCGACUACCCGGACUUCGCCAGCCGUGUGGCGACGAUGGUGGCAAGUAAGGAGGCGGAGUUUGGCGUGCUGGCGUGCGGCAGCGGGAUCGGCAUGUCCAUCGCGGCCAACAAAGUCGCCGGGGUGCGGGCGGCCCUCUGCCACGACCACUACACCGCGGCGAUGUCGCGGCUGCACAACGACGCGAACGUUGUGUGCGUGGGGCAGCGGACGACAGGCGUGGAGGUCAUCCGGGAGAUAAUCAUCACGUUCCUGCAGACGCCCUUCAGCGGCGAGGACCGCCACGCCCGGCGCAUUGAAAAGAUAAAGGCCAUUGAGGCGGCCAACGCCAAGUGA